GGCAACGGUCAAGCAGCUUUAUAAGUUGGUUUUGAUUCAGUAUCACCGUUAGUUGCUCAUACUGCAUUGGCGCAGUCUAAACGGAUGACGGUGCGAACUAUCACCAUUAGCACCCUCAAGACAUUGAAAAAUUCAGUCAUCGGCAAUCCCGCCGCCAAACUUGCCCUUGCUCAGGAUACAGCGCUCAUUCAUUUGCUUGUCAACUGUCUCAAGCAACCUCCAACGUCCUAUGCUGAUACGCAAGGGUCUCAUGACGAUAUUCGCAUCGAAUCCGCCCAUGUAAUCGCGUCUAUUUCCUAUGGUUCAGAGGUCGCUCUAGUUAGCUUGAUUCGCGCAAAUGCUCUUCAUGCGUUUCUCCUUGCGCUGUCAAAUCUGAAACCCCAUGAUGCUGUGCAGCUGAAGUCUGCAUUAGCGCGGGGUUUACGAGUGUUGUCCGCAGCCAUUGCUGAAGUCGUUGGUCCAUCCCAACUUGGUCUUCGAACAUGGAGCCCCGAUUUGCGGAGUGAAGCCAAAGUCGCAUUGAGUUAUCUCUUCGAGUUUGAUUGCCUAAAUAUAUUUCUUCCCCUCCUGGCAGAUCCUUCAUCCCAAACAAACAUCGCUAUUGCACAACUUAUCGGUACAACUGUUCGCUCUGAAGCUCACCGGAAUGUUGUCAUAGAAUGGCUACCUCCUGCUGAACGCUCCAAAGAGAUCAAGGGCAGACGCGGCUGGGAAAAGAAAGAAUUGGUAAAUUCCAGUUCAUUAGCUAGACAAGGUGGAUGGGUGGUCCGGCUUCUGGUCAACUUCCUUCAAAAGAAGGACAUAAAGUUACAAGAAGCCGCGCUUGGUGCAAUAUCAUCCUUAGCAAUGGAAAAUACUGUGGUUGCAACCACACUCACAAGGCCCUGGCCUGACGCAGUUGACACCCCCUUCAACAUCAUAUUAAAUUUGAUGAAAAGUAGAUCGACCGAUGUGCAGCUUGCUGCAUCUCUGUGCGCUGCUCAUGUUCUUCGAGCCGCUGCAAGCCACCAUCCAGGAUCAAUAGAUUACUCAGCCGCUCUGAACGUUAUCCAUGUGGUUAACCGGGUGAUCUCUUCGUCGUCUGAAACUCCACAGAACAAGAUUAAAACAUGCUACACUCUUUAUCAUUUGGUAAAAGACGAUAAGGAUUUGUGUCGAGAAGUUUAUGAACGCGGAACAUUGGAAAAGGUAGUUCUAUUGGCAAAGUACAUCACUCCACUCGAAAGGACGUCGGAAUGGGAAGAAGAUGAGCCUGAGAGCACUCUUGCCCUCAGAGAAGCGACGUUGACCGUAAUCGCAGCGAUCUCGCUAUUUGACAAUAACAUUCGCCGGGAAGUUGCAGAUGACCUCCAGCUCAUCCCCACCGUACAAGCCUCCUUAUCACACAAGAACGUUGCCAUCCGCCACGCAGCAUGCACGUGCCUGCGUGCACUUAGUCGCGCGGUGGCUAUGAUCCGCACAAAUAUUGUGGACAGCAAAAUUGGAAUGGAGCUCUUUGCGAUCUUUAAGAAGGAAGACGAGGACCCAAGAGUGAUAUUUGCGGCUUUGAAUACUAUUUGCAACUUGGUGAAUGAUUUCUCACCGCUAAGGCCGAAACUAUUGGACCAAGGGCUUCUUCCGCGAUUGAUGCAACUUUUUGCUUCUGACGACAUCAACAUGAGGGUCGGUGCUUUGUGGGCAAUCAGGAAUACCCUUCGGAAAAGCGACCCAAGCACAAGACAGACAGUAAUAACACAUCUAGGCUGGCCCCGGCUGGUAGCACUGUGCAAUGAUUCCCAUCCUGAAAUUCAAGAACAAGCCAUGAGUAUUCUGCAAAACCUUGCAGAAGACGAAAAGGGAGUGGACUACGUAUUUGAAUCUAUCGAUAGCGAGACUCUCGCCAACUGUAUUACUUCUGGCCUGGAAUCCCCCAACGAGGAUGUGACCCGUCAUACAGCCUGCUUUUUGGCGAACAUCGCAAAUGGCUCGCGAGAAGAACAGGACUUUAUCUUCGCGCACGCACACAUCAUCCACGCCAUGCACGAUUGUAUGACCGACGCCAAAUCCGACACCCGUUGUCCCCUGAUAUCAUGCAUCCUCUCCCUCGUACAGUCUAACAUCCGUCGGAAGGACGAGCUCGCCGAAGCAGGGAUCACCUCAACAUUGCGGCACAUGUGCGACUGGACGGCAGGUGUCAGCGUAAGCAUGAGCCCUGGGGGACGUCACCAUCGGAUACACGUGGAUGAUGACAAGGAGGCGGCGAAGUUGGCGCGGUUGGUCUUGGAUCUCUUAGAUCAUGGUAAUAUUGGAGAUUUAAUGUAGCAGACAUGUAGUUUACAAUGACAUAGCUUUUGGCGUGUUAUCUACAU